GUAGAUAUCUGCCUCUCUCUCUCUUUCUCUUUCUCUCUCUCUCUCUCUCUCAUUCUCUCUGACUGUCUGGGAGUGACAAUAGGAUAAGGAGGGCCAGUAGUAGAAAAGUAGAGAGAGAGAGAGAGAGAGAGAGAGAGAGAGAGAGAGAGAGAGAGAGAGAAAGAGGAGGAGAAACAGCAGAAAGAACGAAAGAAAAAAGAGAGGGAGAGAGAGAAAAGGAUAGAGAGAGAGACGGAGGAAAAACGUAUCUCAGCACUAUGGCCUCCGCUGCCCCUCAGAAGAGGAUGGUCUCCUCGGUCUUCAUCACUCUGGCCUCUCCCUACAGAGCCACCGUCACUCCCACCCCGCAGAUCCUGACCCCCACGCCCCAAAUCCAGCACCCUGCUGUUCCCCUCAGCCCCUCCGGCACGCUGAGGAGACCCUCCUCCUCGCCCAGCACGUCCCAGGACAUCACCGCCACCAGCUCAACCACCCCCGCCAGCCCCCUCCGAGCCCAGGCCAGGCCCGGCCCUCUGUCUCCUGCCACAAACACUUAUCCAGACCCGGCACUGACCAGAGCGGGGAACUCACACCCUGCCACUAACACUCGUCCCGACCCGGCACUGACCAGAGCGGGGAACACACACCCUGCCACUAACACUCGUCCCGACCCGGCACUGACCAGAGCGGGGAACACACACCCUGCCACUAACACUCGUCCCGACCCGGCACUGACCAGAGCGGGGAACACACACCCUGCCACUAACACUCGUCCCGACCCGGCACUGACCAGAGCGGGGAACACACACCAUGCCACUAACACUCGUCCCGACCCGGCACUGACCAGAGGGGGGAACACGCGCCAGCACAAACAGGAGAACAGCCCGGACGAGAUUUUCCUGCCUCCUCCUCCUCCUCCACCCUCGUCUGUAGACUCGGAGGUGUGUGAUGACCCGGCUGUACCCCUGCCCCCACCACUCUCCGGACCCUCCCCCACCCGCCCUCCGGCUGACCCCAGACACGGACCACUGGACUCCACCGGCGAGAUCUCUGUGUCUGGAAGGCCUGUGGAGACACUGACCCCUGCUGGAUACAUCCAGACUGAACCUCCUGGAGGACUGGGCUAUGAAGAAGAGAUCAAACCAGAUGUGUGUGGGUUCUGCCGUAAGCCUGUAGCUUUCUCAGAGCCUGCCAUCGAGGCCCUGAACAGGACGUACCACAGCAGCUGUUUCCAGUGCAGGCAGUGCCACGCUCCCCUCGCUGGGAAAAUGUACUACAACAAGUCCGGCAUCCCACUGUGUGAAGACUGCUAUCAGGCCAGUCUGGAGCCCUGCUGGGCCUGUGGUGAGGUCAUAAUGGAUCAUGUGAUCCGAGCACUGGAGAGAGCCUAUCACCCGCCCUGCUUCGUCUGCACCACCUGCAGGCAGCCAAUCGGAGAGCAGAGAUUCGCCCAGGGGGAGGUGGGAGAGGUGUACUGCCUGCAGGACUAUUACAGGAAGUACGCUCCUCAGUGCAGCAUCUGUGGGGAGCUGAUAAUCCCUCGGGAGGACGGAACGGACAGCUACACCGUGGAGUGUCUCGGACGCUCCUUCCAUGAAGACUGCUACCGAUGUGAGGUGUGUGGGGUGCUUCUCUCUCCAGAGCCGAAUGAACAAGGCUGCCACCCGCUGGACGGGCAGAUCCUGUGUAAACCCUGCCACCUGUCUCUGAUCCAGACGGCCCAGCUCUGAACCCAACUCUGAACUCCGGCACCACAGCUCCACCAAUCACCAACAGAUCUUACAGCGGCCCGGCUGGGAAAGAAGGGUUCUCCAGCUCCUUCUGAUGGACUCAAACUCUUGGUUCUGAUUGGCUGCUUUAACCAUUACUGGGAUAAAGAUUGUAUAAUCAAACAAUGCAAAACUGGGGAAAAAACAACAGUAAAAAAUAUUUUAUUUUUACCUUAUUUUUAUAUCCACAUUUUUUGGUAAAAGCUCUUAGUUUUAAUUUCACCACAUUUAUCAACGAUGUACCGACACAUAUAUGAAACAUAUCUGAUAUUGUACUCUUAUAUUUUGCACUGCUCUUGAAAUACAUGCACCAAAAUUCAGUACACCAAAGAUGUUUAUUCAUUAUUGAACCAAAUAUGUUUGUUGUUAUAUGUUUUUUUUUGUUUAUGUGAUUAAAAUGUAAUAAAAACAUAUCAUAUAACUGUUCAUUGGAUUAGUAAAUGUAAAUCAUAAUAAAUAAUAAUAAAAAUAAAUCAAUAUGAACUCCA